UUAUUCGAGGCAUGUUUAUUUACAUGUGUAAAAUUUUAUAAAAAAUAUUUAACAAGUUAGUGUGACAGCAGUCGUUUGAAAAAAAGAUUUUGUUAAUAAAAAUGGGAGGACAAAAAAGAAAACGAGGUAAUAUAUUUGCCCAGAAAAAAAGGAACAAAAAAGAAAAUAAGAGGCCUGUUACUGAAGCAUCGAAACCAUAUGUUGAUAUUGUUAAAGAGAAUGAAAGUUUCAUAAAAUAUUACAAGUCCGCUGGUAUCUGUCCAGAUGAAGAAUGGGACACAUUCCUUAGUUUUAUAAAACAGGAUUUGCCCACAUCAUUCCGUGUUACAGGCAAUAUCAGUGAGGCUAAUGCUCUUCUCAAGUUAAUCAAAAGCCAAUUAUUUAUGGAAGAGUUAAAAGGAGAUGGUGAUAGACUACCUGUAAAACCAUUCUGUUUACCAUGGUAUCCCAACGGUUUGGCAUGGCAAUUGCAAUUGACACGAAAAGAUAUUAGAAGAUCAGAAGCCUAUUUUAAGUUACAUAACUUCUUGAUUUCUGAAACAGAUGCUGGUAGCAUUAGCCGGCAGGAAGUUGUAUCAAUGAUACCUCCCAUAGUCUUAGAUGUUCAACCUCAUCAUAAGGUCUUAGAUAUGUGUGCUGCUCCUGGAUCUAAAACAGCACAGCUUAUUGAAAGUCUUCAUAAAACAAAUGGCAAUGGUGAAUUGCCAAAGGGAUUUGUUAUUGCAAAUGAUGUUGAUAAUAACCGUUGUUAUAUGUUAGUACACCAAGCUAAAAGACUGAAUUCACCUAAUAUUUUAAUAACAAACCAUGAUAGUUCCCUAUUCCAAAUUUAAAAGUGAGUACAAGACAAUGGCAUUGACAAAAAAUUAAAAUUUGAUAGAAUUUUGUGUGACGUACCUUGUUCAGGUGAUGGAACUCUGAGAAAAAAUCCAGAUAUAUGGCUUAAGUGGAGCGCUGCAAACGGAGCAAAUCUGCAUGGAAUUCAGUUUCGUAUCCUUAGAAGAGGAGUGGAAUUAUUGGAAAUUGGUGGACGUUUAGUUUAUUCAACUUGUUCCUUAAAUCCAAUGGAAAAUGAAUCAGUGGUACAUCGAAUACUUAGUGAAGCUAAUGAUUCUUUGAGGCUAUUGCCGGCAUCUGAGUUAGUGCCAGGAUUAAAGUAUUACCCAGGUAUGUCUAAAUGGCGACCAGCAUCAAAGGAUUUGGUAUUUUAUAAUACAUUUGAAGAAGUACCUGAAAAAUGGCAAACAUGCAUACGGCCUCAAAUGUUUCCACCUAAACCAGAAGAUGCAGAUAAAUACUGUUUAGAUAAAUGUUUAAGGAUUCUUCCUCAUCUACAAGACACAGGUGGAUUUUUUGUAGCUUUAUUUGAAAAAGUAAGCAACAUGCCAUGGGAGGCUAGUGAAUCAGAGGAUAAAAUCAAAUCAGAAGACUCUCUUGAAAAUAGUAACGUUCCGGCUACAGAAUCCAGUACAACUAAAGAGGAAAAAUCUGUUCCAUGGGGACCACAACGUAAAAAGAAUCGAAUUGGGGGAUAUAAAGAAGAUCCUUUUGUAUUUUUCAAAGAAAAUGAGGAUGUAUGGCAAUCAAUUAAAGAAUUCUAUUUUUUGAAUGAUCAGUUUGAUCCAACAUGUUUACUAACCAGAUGCUUAGUUGGCAAGAAGAAAAAUAUAUAUUUCUGCUCUCCUGGUGUGAAAGAUCUCGUACUCAGAAAUGAAUGUAGAAUUAAAAUUAUCAAUACUGGAGUAAAAACAUUUGUGAGAUGUGACAAUAAGAACAUGAAAUGCCCCUUCAGGUUGGCACAGGAAGGGCUUGGUUCAUUAUUUCCAUUUAUUGGUGAUGAAAGAAAGUUCACAUUAUUGAAAGAAGAUUUAGUUGCUCUUUUGCAAUGUGAUGAUCCUACGCGGCCACCAGAAAUAGAAUCCUUAUCUGAACAUAUCCAGAACCAAGUAAAAGAUUUAAGUGGUGGUAGUUGUGUCUUGACAUACACCAAUGAAGAAUUCUCAUUGAAAAUGGUUGGUUGGCGCGGUACGAAAUCACUGCGUGCAUACACUGCUCGGGAAGAUACUAUUCAUAUGCUGAGAAUUUUGGGAGCUGAUAUUUCUAAAUUUGAUAUUAACAAAUUCAAAAAAACAGAAACAAAUGAGUCUAGUACAAUAGAGGAAACUAAUUCAACACAUGAGCCAUGUGAAUCGACUAGUCAUUUAGAAGAAAACGAAUCGUAAUCUAUUAUGAAUGCUUGACAAAAAUAAUUUAUUAAU